AUGUCGGAAAUGACGGGUCAUUUCCUUUCUUGUUCAUGGCUGCUUUGCAUGGCAUGGUUGCCUGCAGCUGGUGGGCAAUCAGGGUGCUUGUCCAGCUACGGCCAGCGGAAAAACUUGACACGAGGUGGGGAAUCCUAUCCCAUUGGAAUCGUGUACCUUGACAACAUCGUCUCUUCCCAGUUGGCUUCGCGACUGGUCCACAUCCUCAUAGAGGAAGUGCUCGGCUACAGCGUCGCCAGACAGGAUGGAUUGGAUGCACGUGCCGGCAUGUAUGCACUGAUGGGUUGUGCAACCGACGGGACAUGCAUCCGGCCGACUCACCAGCACAUCAAUAUGGCUGUAUGGAUGUCGUCGGACCUUUCUGCUACAUUCCAGGACAUUCACUCUGAGCGAGCAUCUGAUGCACCUGUUAGCGCCGGCAGCAUGGGCCAUUUCGGCUCAGAUCAAAUCUUCUACAAGGUGAGCGCCCGUGAGCGAGCCCGUCAGGACGGAGUCGAUCUCGACUCUUACCAGGGCUGGAGCACUGCUGGAGUAUCAGCUUACUUUGAAAGUAUCAGCUCAAUCGACAGAAGUCGUCUCGCCUCAUGCAGUGCUGGCUUUACGAGCACAGCCGCGAAUGAAAACUACCUCCGCGUGACGGAUGACGACGGAGGAAUAACCCUGUCGGGCCUGCCGGAUGGUGGCUCUGUGGCUUACUGCUCUGAUGGCUACUUCUGGCUGGCACCAUCGUGCCGAGAGGCAGCAGACUCUUGCGUGCCAUUUAUCACACUCAGCUCUUGGAGCCUACCCGAGACAAUGCAAAAGGCCACCAUCCACCAAAUGCCGCUGGCACUGGCUAAUGCUGGCACAUGGACGGAUUUCAUCGGUUUGGUUCGAGAGGUGAACUGUGCUUUCUAUUGGUGGACACCAUCCACUGAGUUCGUCGAUUUGUCGCCAGUGCCGAUAGCUUUCCCUCCCCACAACCCAGUUGCGUGGAGAGCAGGAGACAUGGCCUCUACGGGCCCACCCGUCCCGAUUUGGAACAUGAUCAGCCAGGACCUGGCGCUUUUGGCACCGGAUGCUGCGGACCUCGUCAAGAAGGUCCGUCUCCCGAUAGAGGACGUGGAGUCUAUGCUGCGGGCCGCCGGCCAGUUUAGUGGAGACUUUGGGGUGCACGAGGCGGCUUGCCGCUGGCUUCAGGCAAACAGAGCAUCCUGGCAGCUGUGGCAACCCGACGAGACGAUCUGCACUCCCGGACUGGGUUUGUUCGAUGCUGACCGCCAGACCUUUAUGCAGAGCAGGGGCGAAGUGGUGGCGAGCCCGGAGUGUCGCGUGUGCGAGCAGGGACUGGUCUCUUGGGCUCUAGAGGAUCAAAAGGGAAUUACCUAUGUGUGCCUCGACCCAGCCACUACGACGACGACGUCUGAUGUUCACGCAACAUCGGAGGUGUCCACAAGCAGCACGGUACAUCAGCACCCCUCCGCUGCGGGGCUGUUGAUGCUGCUCAUAUUCGGGGUGUCUUAG